AUGGAUAAACAGAGAUGUCUUGCUAAAGAUGGAAAGUUUGGGUCAAGCCGCUGGAAGCAAGCACGACGUGCACAGGGAAAAGCAGAAGUAUAUUCAAGCUCAAAAGAAGAGCCAUUCCAUUCUGGAAUCAUUGAAAAGGUUUGGGACAUCUGCCGGGAGCACGAUGAAGACAAGAAAGGUUUUAUUGCACGAGCUGAUAUGCAGAAAUUGGCAGCAGACUUACCUUGGAGCACAAAAGAGCUGGAGCUUGUCUUUGAUGGCCUUGAUGAUGACAACAAGGGCUACUUAACUGCUGAAGAGUUCACUGAAGGGCUCAGGCAUUUUCUAAGCUCACAGACGAUGGUGAGAGAGCACCGGAAGAGGAAGAGAGCUCCAGCAAGGGCUCCUGCAAACCUGUUACUGGCGGAAGCUAAUAUCGAGGAGCAAAAGUGCUUUGAGGCCUUCAUAAACCAACUGGGACCUGACAGUAUCUUUGAAGACAAGUCAGAAAACUGGAAGAUGUGGUUUCAGCUCCUGCAGGAUGAACCACAUCUGCUGGGAAACCUGAAGGAGUUCUUGGCUAACAUGACUCACUUGAUCAAGGAAGCUAAGCAUGCAAAAGAGAAGUUACAGUUAAUGCUGAAAAUGCGGGUUGCUGAUCACAACAAGGAGGUACAGCAGCUACAAGAGGAAAUGGAACAGCAAAUAGAGAGGGAGAAACAAAGGCUGCAGUAUGAGGGUAAAACCAGAAACCAGUUGCUCAGCACGGAGAUGAAGAAAGCAUUGGAUGUCAAGGAACAGGAAAUACAGCAUUUCCUCAGUGUUCAAAAAGAGCCUCCUUGGCACGUUCUUGGCUUUUGCUCCACGGUCACUAAAAGAAACUCCAUCCAAGGAACUAAUUCGGAAUGUGCUGCAGAGCUUGAGACACAGUUCCUCAGUCUCAAGGAAAAGCAGCAGGUGGCCAAUACCGAAACCCAGCAGCUCAAGCAAACCAACAGUGUCCUUGAGAACCAGCUACAACAAACCCUCCGUCAGCUUCAAAAGACUCAAAAGCAGCUGGAUACCAUGAAGGCUAGAGUGUCCCAGAUGCACAAACAAGGCGGGGACAAAUCCCUGGAGGAAGACUCUGAGAAGAAUCCUCAAAGACCACAGGACCCUCUGCCCACAAAUAAGAUGGUCAACUCUCAACUGGAGAUAAGCCUGGAAUGCAGUCUGGGCGAGGAUACACUGGACAGCUCUGCUCAGCAGGCACCUGAUAAUGAGGCAUUAAUGGCCAAUGCUGACUCACAAUCCAGAAAAAGGGUGAUCUCCAUUGAAGAGGAUCCUUUGCCAGGAGCUAUUGAAGAAGAACAACAUUUCCCCCAGAAGACUUCAGGUCAAAGCUCUUUGUUUAAAGAGCUGCAUGAGGCCAUAGCAGCACUGAGCAAGUCUGAAUCACGCAAACAACAAAUAGAUGACUUUGGUUUUCAAGGACAGGAAUCCUUGGGACACAAUGGAAAUUCUCAGCAAGGUAUCAUGCCAGGAGAAGUACCUCAGAAUGAAGCUCCCUCAAAAAAUGGUGGUCCACAGAAGGGGAUUUCUGAAACUCUUACCAGCCUGGCUACAUCACAAGCAGAGAUUCUUCUUAAAGAAGGACCAGCUCAUGUGCAGGCCAGUGCUCUGAAGAAGAAGAAAGCUAACAUUUUUGAGCCAGGAAUGGAAGUCAAAACUCCCAAGCGAAUCCAUGAAGAAAGUUGUGUUCCUGGGGUUCAAUCUCCUGGUUAUUCAGCGUUGGCAACACAAGUCAGUAAUGACAAAGAGGACCCAUUACAAGGUGACACUCUGCUUUCGGAACAGGUAAUCCAACCUGAAAAUAUCAAGCCGGUUUUAAAGCACAGUGAUAUCAUCAGGACUCCAUGGCCAUCUGCUGAUUCUGAGCAAGAAGUGAUAAAGCAAUCUCUAGUCAUGAAAACACCAGAUAGAAAAAUGCCUGAGACUCGACGCCCCCCAAUGAAAGAUAUGGCAUCAGCUCAUUUCCCACUCAGGAUAGCUCUGCCCAAGUUGCCUGUAGGACAUAAGCCCAAAAUCUCACUUUUCCAAAACAGCCAGUUAGAGAAUAUUCCCGAGAUAGAGAUCCAGGCACAGACCACCGAUGGGAGAGGAGUACUGUCAUUAGAAGACAGAACAGAAGAAUGGGCUGAUAGAUCUGAGUGUGAGAAGAAUCAACAAGGCAGGGCAGAAAUGGGUGAGGAAACAAAAGCUAAAUGGGAAGAUUGCCAAGGAAAUGCAGGCACAAAGGAAACUCUUAAAGGCACCACGGCUGUCUGCCCCCAGCCAGACCACGUGUAUAAUGUGCUCUUUGUAGGAGACUCUUAUGUGGGCAAAACAUCCUUUUUGCACCGGUUUCAAGAUGAUUCCUUCAGCGCAAAUAUGAUUGCAACUGUAGGAAUGGACUAUCGGCUCAAAAACCUCUUUGUGGAUAACAAGUGCUUUGCUUUACGUCUGUGGGACACAGCUGGCCAAGAAAGGUAG